AUGCGAGAUAACGAUAACCAAAGCAACGGUAACGACACCAACGCGCACACCGCAAGCGAACUAGCCGCGUUGAAACAAUCGGUCCUCGAUAUCAAUUCGAAGAUCCACCAGGUGACGACGUCCGCGCCCCAAAUCGAGCAUGUACUCGCGGAAUCUCUUCGUACACCCUUCACGCAAAAGGUUACCGGCGUGCGGCUACAGAAGAUGGAGAAACUCCGUCUUCCAACCUUCAAAGGUCUUUCUGACCCUUCUACUCACGUCACGUCUUUCAACAUAGCGAUGCGACGCGCAAACCUGACCGACGAAGACAAAGACGCCGGCUUUUGCCAACUCUUCGUCGAAACCCUAGAAGGACCGGCCCUUACUUGGUUCACCGGCCUCAGAGAGAACUCCGUCGACUGUUUCCACGACCUCUCGACGGCUUUCCUUAAGAACUAUAUCAUGUUCACCAACCAGGAAGCGACCGUGUCAGAUUUAUGGAACCUCACUCACGCCAGCGACCAAAGUCUCCGCGACUUCAUGGAGAAAUUCAAAGCUAUUGUCUCGAAGAUUGAUAUUCCCGACCAUAUCGCCGUCGAAUCUUUGAUGAACACCUUGCACGUCGACUCCACAUUCCGCCAGGAUCUCUACCGAUAUCCGACAAAAUCUGUCUCCGACGCUAUCGCUCGCUCGCACAACUUUAUCUGCAUGGAAGAAGACACCAGAGCAAAGUUCGCAAAAGAAGCAGCAGCGAAACAGCGAUCCUCCCGAACAAACGACACCCGCCCCGAGCCCCGCCAGCACUCCUCCGGUGGAAAUACCACUCAGAAGCGAGGCUACGUUAGCUCGGUCGAUGAUGAGGAAUCUCCAAAAUCAGCAGCCAUCACGCGAGAGAAAAGCUGGAACCACUGGGAUCGAGACUCCGCUCCGAAGCAGUCAACCUCAUCCGAACCAGCGAGUUCAAACUCCGAGGAGCCAAAAAAAUGGUGCCUCUACGACAAAAGGGAUUCCCAUGACACGAAGGAAUGCAAGGUCCUAAUCGGGCAGUUUUUCGACGGGAUCACUAAUGGGACAAUCCAAAUGCCCACUUCUCCUACGACACUGAAAAAACACUAA